AAACAUAAAUAAAUAUGGCUGCCGUUGUAAAGUCAGUAAUGUAGCGUUGACGUUUUGGUGUGUUAAUUCAAGUUUUAACCACUUAACAUGCCGAAAGACAAGCAGGUGAAUCGGACUCAGUCGAGACGUGCCGCUAGUAAGGAGGCUUUGAAACAAAUGCAUCUGUUGCUGGGAGCUGAUAGUAAAUAUGAAAUAUCGUCUGAUGACGAUGUUAUAGAAGUAGACGUGCAACCACCAAAGAAGAAGUAUAAGUUAAGUCACCGGAAAUCGUCGGACGGAAACGAUCGUGAUGUCAUUGUUUUAAAACCCAUCGACGAAAGUGUUUUCGACUUGGAGGUCGUUGUAGAGGAUUUGGCCCCAAGUCAGAAAUCACAUCUCGAGUUACUCCAAAAAGAAGCAAACGAAGUCGAAACAAAAAUCCAACAACUUCUAACCACCCCCAACACCGAAGUCAUCUAUAAUGGGGUCUUCACCACCGCUGUCGAAAUCACCGAACAGAUACAGACAAUCCUCGGCUCGGCCACCCCUGGUGCCUCCACCACUCAGUUCACAAUCACCAACCAAACCCCACUUGCCGCUCCGCCCCCCGUACAACAACCGGUCGCUAGUCAGAGUCUAGUUUUGCAGCAGCAGCCGUCGUCUACCAACAAUGCGAUCCCGCAGAGCUACCAACUGGUUAUGGACCCGCGUCUUGGGGUUAUCGUGGGGGCGGUAUCCACGCCGAACGCUAAUACCAACACACCGCCCCUUUUGUACCAACCCAAAGUCACAAUUCCGUCGUCGGGAGCGGCGACCGCCACAGAAUCGCCGACGGUCAAAGCAAGGCGCGGCCCGAUUUUGAGACAAGUGCCCUCUAAUGCUAUCCCACCGCUGGCUAAGGCCACUCUGGUCUCUCAGAAGGCGCCGGUGGCGGCUAAUAAGACACAGAAUAAGAUUCAGGUCAAGCCGAUGCUGGGGAAGGCGAUGCAGUCGAAACCGAGUGUAGCUCCCAAAACUGUCACGGCCCCACAAAAACCCAUUAUGCCGAUAAAGGGAAGGCCUCCGGCCACCACCUCCACAAGCGCCAAUUUUCGACCAACCGAAAGUAACGUCGAGGGUGGCCUAAGUAUGGGUACAAGACCGUCGAAAAGUAUCGAUCUGACUGGCGAAGAUGGCCGAGCGUUGCCCGACAGCCGAGAGGUGUCUUUCAACAAGCUUCAAGGACGUACAUACCCGUCACUUGUCGUAGUCGCAAGACCGCAUCUUCGUGUCAAAGAUUUAGCUGCAGAUAGGAGCAAACUAGACGUAAAAGUCAAAAGUGUGCUUAUGUAUCCGCCUACAAAGUUUACUGAAUGGUUGAUUCAACAAGGCUUGGUCCGGUCCGAUCAGAAAUGUUCGGUGCAUGCGACAAAUCCGCUUAAGUUGGGGAUGUAUAGUGAUGCGUCGAAGUUUCCGUAUUCAGGGGGUUAUGUGUGGAUUUCAGAGUGUUGUCCCCAAAGGUUUGUUUCGGUUUUCAGUGGGUCUAUAUUCGAGGGGUCGCAACAUCCACCUAUGGCGAUUUUGAAACUUUUGUAUCAUUGGUGUUGUCAGACGAUUGUGCAAAAUGUGACCCAAUGGGUUAAAGUUGAUAAUCUCUACGUCAAAGGUAUGUACACUUGGUUGCGUUCCAUUUGUACCGUUGCAAUAUAUACCCAUAUUAAACAACUGGGGGGACCAGGGGUCAAAGUUCAAAUCGGGGUGAUAAGUCUCGGGACUACAUCUCAAGAUGGAAACAAGCGGGAAGUCAAAGUGGAAGUUUUGGGAAUUUUGGAGACCACUACCAAACACAUAAGACUGCGAGCCGUGGAACCUCUUAACGACAUUGAACGAAAUUACAAGAAACGAUUCUCUAAAAUUCUUGAACCGGUUUUCAACUGGGUGCACCCUCAAAGUAUUAUUGUAACAGAUCUGACGGUUGAUAAAAAUACAUUACAUCAACUGGGUUUCCUCCACGUCCAACAAAACACUUCCAACGACUACGCGAACAGCAACCGUACUAUAAUGGAGUACCUGCGACGUAUAGUCCCUCGAAUGUUCCAAAACACUUUAUCUCUUCUCUCCCGACCCAUAAUCCAGCAAUUCCUCGACGAAUUAGUGUGGAGAGAGUGGUACGGUACCACCGUCUUGCAGUGUUUCGACAAUAUGGUUCAGCAUAUCUCGGAACAGACCCGGUUCGAUUCGGGUACAUCACUCAUAAACCGUCUGAACAAAGUUAGCGCGAAUCCUUUCAAAAACUGGUCGAUUUCGACUCAGAGUACCUCUACCCCUUCAAAACCGGUGGAACCCACUCCGAAGCGGUACAGCCGCCUUCGCAAACCGGCGCCACCUCAACCACCUCCGGUACAGGAGGUAAUCAGGCCAAGUAAAUCGAUUUCGCCGGAUGUACCUGAACAAAUGGUACCUCUUGAAAAUUAUUACUACGGUACUAUUUCCCCGACUUCGCCCUCCAAGAAUAAAACUACGAUUAAUAUUAAGUGCCCCUUCUGUAAAUUGACAUUUAAUACGAAUAUUUCUCUCAUGAAUCAUUUAUUCAAACAUGCACAUAACGUUUCGAAUGAUGUCCAGUUGUGUAAGUACUGUUUGACGAUAGUACCAUCAGCGAAUGAUCUGCUCAAGCAUAUAAACACUGCGCAUCCUGAUGAAACUAAGUUUGACAACGGGUUCGUGUGUUUAAUUUGUGAGUCUCACUUCCGGAAUCCUUUUAUACUAGGAAAACAUAUGUCAAAGGAACACUGCCCUUCCGAACUACCUUACUUGUGUGGUACCUGCGGUUUUCGGUGCUCCAAUCACAAGCAAGCUGUCGAUCAUUUCUACCAACAACAUGACCACGGAACGACGAUUCAAUGUCCGUUCUGUCUUAAAUCGACGACGAUUUACUCGGGAGGGAGGAACAUAUCGCAAAAUAUGAACUACUUCAUUCAACAUUUGCAAAAGCAUCAGAAAAAACAGUUGGCGAAACGGUGCGGCAGGUGCACGCUUUGGUUCAUCCAGAAGGAGUUUCUUAAAGACCACCAGAUCAAAAUGCACGUUUCACAAAGGGGUAAACAAGGAUUAGUACCUGCGUUUGCACCAAGAAACGGCGUCAUGGUACCCAAAUCAAAGAUGGACAAGUGGCCAGAUGAUGCGAAAGUGAUCAAUUUUUCGACUCUGUAUUUCAACGUUAACAAGAAUCUCAAUUGUAAAGAGUGUGGACAGUCGUUAAGCACAGCUAAACAUUUUGCGUCCUUUGAUAGUUGUCAGAACCCUAACUGUCAAUUUUCGACAUGUUGCACUACUGCCAUGCAAGACCACGUUGCCAAAUGCAAAUUUCUCAAUUCGAAACUACCGGCUGAGAAGCUCCCCUACGAGAUGUUUUGUAUUUGCGGUUAUAGCGAUAUUGAUGGUAACAUGAUGGCGAGACAUUUGGCGAUUUGCGAGCGUAAAUCAGCGUAUCCGUCUAAAGACGCCGCAAAAGAGGCCACCGUCACUCAUAGUAUGCUUGAUGUUUUGGGUUUGGUAAGAAAACCGGAAGAGGCGACGUCGAGUAAAGAACCGCCGCGACUUUUGCCGAGAAGAUCGGAACCGAUUAUUCUGAAACAUCGCGGUAGGCCGAGAAUGAUUCCGUUAGAAAUGAAACCGUCGCCAAAAGAAGUUAUUGAAGUGAAUGAUGAUGAAGAACCGGUGAGUAUUAGUGAGGUGAGGGGAGAAGUUGAAACUGAAGGAGAGAAGAAAAAAGUAUUGACUGAUAUUGAAGAAGUUAAAGAAAGUGAAAAUAAGGGUGCCACGGAGGAAGACAGUCAGAGAGACAAAGAAAAUGAUCAACAAAAGGAAGUCGAAGAAGAAAAGGGUGAGGUUGUUAAUAAAGGACAAGAAGACCAUAAAGAGAACGAAGUUGAAGAAGAAACAAGUGAAGUUGUUGAUAAGGGUCAAGGAGACCAUCAAGAAGUUGAAGAAGAAACAAAUGAAGUUGUUGAUAAGGGUCUAGAAGACCGUCAAGAGGGAAAAGCUGAAGAGGAAACAAGUGUAGUUGUUGAUAAGAGUCAAAAGGACCAUCAUGGAGUUGAAGAAGAAACAAAUGAAGUUAUUGAUAAGGGUCUAGAAGACCGUCAAGAGGAAAAAGCUGAAGAGGAAACAAGUGAAUUUGUUGAUAAGAGUCAAAAGGACCAUCAAGAAAGUGAAGAAAAAAUAAAUGAAGUUGUUGAUCAGAGUCAAGAAGAUCAACAAAAGGGAAUAGUUGAAGAAACGUCGAAUAACAUUAAGGGACAAGAAAACCAGCAAGAGGAGGAAGUUGGAGAAGAAAAUAGUGAAAUUGUUGGUGAUGGACAAGAAGACAAUCAACACAAAGAAAUUAAGAAAGAUGAGAGUAGACUUGUUGAAAAUGAAUCAGAACAAGAUUGUACGGAAAAAGAUGAAGUAAAUCGUGUGGAAGAAGAGGAGAUAAAAGAAGACAACGAAGCUGUUAGUGCGAGUACUGAAAAUGCAAAAGACGUAAAUGAGUCACAGUCUGAGACAGUUGAAAGUGAAAAUAUGGAAGUUGACAGUUGUAAUGAUACAAGCGAAACAAUCAGAAUAGGGGAAACGCUAGCAAUAGAAAAUCUGAUGGAAGAAAACACUGAAACUAUUAAUGAUAUCUGUCCUAUGGAUACAGACUAAAAUUAUAAAAAGUAUAUUACGUUUGUAAAUAAAAUGUUAUUGUUCAAGACUGUAAAAAGCUAAUUGUUGCGAACAUAGUGAAUUAGCGUUUGUGUUUUAUUCAAGCUCGUUUUUCUUUUAUAAAAGCAGAUUUUUUUAUAUGCUUAUCACGUCUGUUCUGUAAGGUUCUCUUAAAUAUUAUAUUUGUAAUACUUUUAAAUAAAAAAAUCUUCCUUUGA